GUUAUGACAGAUCGAAUAGUCAAAAACGAUGUGGAGCAUUUUUAAAUAUUUAUUACGACGAAACAAUGUCGCGCUCCAAGCCUGCCGCAGAGUUUCGGCCAGCACGGAGAAGCCGAGGUGUAUCAAAGGUACCGGCGAGAUUAAACAGAAAUACCAAAUAGUCAACCACCAAUACGACUGUGUGGUCGUGGGGGCGGGCGGUGCCGGCUUGAGGACCGCCUUCGGUCUCGUGAGCAAAGGUUUCAAGACCGCGUGCGUCACCAAACUGUUCCCCACCAGAUCGCACACGGUCGCAGCACAGGGUGGUAUCAACGCGGCGUUGAGCAACUACGAGGACGAUUAUUGGGUUUGGCACCAUUACGACACGGUCAAAGGUUCCGACUGGCUCGGCGAUCAAAAUGCGAUCCAUUUCAUGACGAAGGAAGCUGCGCGCUGCAUCCAGGAGUUGGAGAAUUGGGGUAUGCCGUUCUCGCGAAUGAAAGACGGACGAAUUUAUCAGCGCGCGUUCGGGGGCCAAUCGCUCAAGUUCGGUGAAGGCGGUCAAGCGCAUCGCACAUGCGCGGCUGCAGACGCGACCGGCCACUACAUGCUUCACACGUUGUACGGACAAGCCGUCAAAUACGACGUGAAGUUUUUCGUCGAGUAUUACGCGCUGGAUCUGAUCAUGGAAGGGGAUCGGUGCAGGGGGGUGUGGGCUUGGUGCCUGGAAGACGGCACCCUUCAUAGGUUCUUCGCCAAGAACACAGUUCUUGCUACGGGAGGUUACGAGCGAGCUUAUUUUUCCUGCACCGCCGCUUACACCUCGACAGGAGACGGUACCGCUAUGGUGACUCGUGCCGGUUUACCCCUGCAAGAUCUGGAGUUCAUCCAGUUCCAUCCGACCGGGAUAUACGGCUUCGGUAUCCUCAUCACGGAAGGUGCCAGAGGAGAGGGCGGCUAUUUCGUCAACGAUAAGGGAGAGCGGUUCAUGGAAAAGUACGCUCCGAAAGCGAAAGAUUUGGCAUCGAGAGACGUCGUGUCCAGGUCUUGCACCAUAGAGAUAAUGGAAGGCAGGGGUUGCGGACCGAACAAGGAGUACGUCCACCUUCAGCUCCACCAUAUCCCCAAAGAGAAGAUCCUCGCUCAGUUGCCCGGUAUACGUCAGACGGCGAUGGAUUUUGCAGGGGUUGAUAUCCUGAGGGAGCCAAUUCCGACGAUACCGACCGUCCAUUAUACGAUGGGCGGCAUUCCGACCAACUAUAGUGGUCAGGUGAUCAGCCAGGUGGGUCCGAACGAAGACGCCCUUGUCAAAGGGCUGUACGCGUGCGGGGAAUGCGCCUCCGUUUCGGUUCACGGUGCCAACAGACUCGGAGCGAAUUCGCUGCUGGAGACGGUGGUGUUCGGCAAAGCGGUGGCCACUAAGAUCGCUGAAUGCGACGUUCCUGGCGACGCGGUCACAAUCGACGAAUCGCUGGGCGAAGAGACGUUGAACAACUUUGACCGAAUCCGUUACUCCAAAGGAAAAUAUUCGGUCGGUCAGCUUAGAGUCAAACUUCAAAAGGCAAUGCAGAAACAUGCGGGAGUGUUUCGGACCCAGGCCAUCCUGCAAGAAGGGGUGCAGGUAGUCAAAGACCUCUACAAGGACUUGGACAACAUCCACGUGACCGACAACCACAUGAUUUGGAAUACGAACCUCGUUGAAGCGUUGGAGCUGCAGAACUUGUUUAUCAACGCGCUUCAGACUAUUUCCGCAAUGGAAGCCCGAAAAGAGUCUAGAGGAGCCCAUGCCCGAGAUGAUUACAAACAGCGGAUCGAUGAGUAUGACUAUUCCAAACCGAUCAAAGGUCAGAAGAGGAAGAAUUUCGAAGAACACUGGAGGAAGCACACGUUGUGUUGGAUGGACGUCGAAACUGGAGAGGUGUGCUUGACUUACCGGCCCGUUGUUGACUGUACGUUGGACGAGAACGAGUGUCCAUCGGUGCCUCCCAGAGUACGGGCCUACUAA